UGGGGAGAGUGCAGUCAAGCCGAGAGCCCAGGUCCAGCCAGAAUUUCCUGGAAGGAGUGCACAGAAAGGCCGGCUGUGUAAGACUCAGUGUGGAUGGGGGAACUUCCUGGUUUUGAGGGAAUGUGGGAAAAUUGCCCUUUGGGCUGGGUGAAGAAAGAAGCAAGUGGAACCCUGGGACCCCUGGACUUCCUCCUCCAGAGGAAGUGGCUUUGGUUGUGGGCCAGCGAGCCUGUGCGUCCCCAGCCCCAGGGCGUUCACCACUUCAGAGAAGCAUGGCGACAGUUCGGCCAGAUGAGAGGAUCCAGGCUGACUGGAGGAAGGAAGGGCUUUAUCUCAUCUGGGCUCAGGUUUGGGAGAGACAGCUUCUCAGAGGAGGUGAUGCCUCAGCCAGUCUUAAAGGCAGUGUGGUGUGCAGAGGGUGCUUGGGGGUUCUCGCCUCAUGGCCCCUCAGGGUCUGGAGCCUCCAUCUGGCCAGCAGAGGGCGCGGAAGGACUGCCUGGGCAGCUCGGACGUGACCGCCUGGAAGUGGUGUACAGCGUUCCUGACAACGUUCCCAGCCAAAACGGGUCCCACCGCCCACUUGUGUGCAAGAUAGCUGGAAAAUGUCUCUCUGUGUGCUCCGAGGAGAAUGCAAAGGCUGGUGGAUGUAGUGCCUUUCCUCUACUGCUCUCUCAGCUGGGGGCAGGAAUGACAGGACGUGAACAUGCACACAAGGGCCCGGAACUCACGACCCCCCACAGCGGUCCCCCGCCCUCCUCCCGCUCCUGUGCUUGCAGGAUUUGGGGCACUAGCACAACACAGCCCACCCCUUGGGACUAGCACCCCCUCCGCAGUUCUGCUCUCUGCAGCAACAUAGAGUACAAAUAUUGUUCCUUUUGUUUCUUUUUUCCCUUUGGAUACAUUUUUAAUUACAAAAAUAGAGCUUGAUUGUUGCACCCAGACAGAUGUUUGCUUGCUUCUGGGCCCAUUGGGCCUCCUCUCAGAGCCUGGAACUCCCAGCCCCCAGCUCCUGGGGUGCCUUCCUCCAGGUGUGUCCCUGGCUUGGGCUGGGGGGACACAGCCCCGCUCCUGGGACGUGCAGGUUUAAAAAGUUAUUGGGUACCAUCUUUGAUCGAAUUCAGAGUGACAGACUUAGAGCAGGUCACCUCUCAGCUUCUAACCAGGCCAAGACGGAGGAGUCCCCACAGCACUGGGUUUGACUCUGUAAUUAAGCUGGUAAAGUGGAAAAAUAAAAGUAGGAAACUUAAGUGGAAACCAAACCAGAAAGUCAGGCAGCCCGGGAGUUCCGAGCCCUGCUUCCUUCCAGCUGCACGGCCUCAGCGGCUGACGCCGUCUCUGCUGCUCUUCUAUAACACAGGAUGAUGGCAGCUACACCCUCUGAGGGGUGUCACCAGGGCCAAUGAGUCCUGAUGGUUGGAGUGUGGGUAUCCGGGGGACACUAGGUCACUACCCACUCUAGCCCUUUGCUCCUAGUCUCUGGGGAGGUGGCAGCACGGGCAUGGAGCAGACUAGACUUUGCCUCUUUCUGCCCCCAGGCCAGUUGAUAUGAGCCCUGCUUGAGGGGUUCGCAGGGCCUGGGGAGCCUUCUUCAGCUUCUCUUUGUUUUCCUAAGAUGAAAAUUGUGACAUCUGUGCUUGUUGCGGGAAAUUUGUAAAUUGUCUGCAGAGAAGAAUAUGAAAUUGCACAUAAAUCGUGGCUUUUGGUUCCGCCAUCAAGAGCCAAGAAUGGCCCUGGCCCCUCUCCUGGGUUAACGCCCUGUCCCGUCCAGUUCACCCCCCUCACUUCAGAUCUCGCUUCCCUGAGACCCAGAAGACCCGCCCUGCUCCCCCAGCUGCAUCUGCACACUGCCACAGCAUUCCAUGGGGGUGGGGGUGUCUUGGGACUCAGAGGCAGGCUGGUUGGGGUUCAGGGGACCUCACCUUCCCUCCCUCCCAGAUGUCUCUCUGGCUGGCUCACAGGCUCACCUGAGAUAGGGGCUUAGAUCUCAUGGGCUGCUGGACCCUCCAACAGGUGUCUGACAGUCCCCCUCCCGACCUGGGAGGCUCCCGGUUUGAGGAGGGGGCUCCCUGCCUCAUGGUAGGUGGGCCAAAAGGGAGGCAGCAGGAAAUAAUGGUCUCUUUUGGUCUGGCCUGGCUGGGGUGAAGCACCGUGUGUGUGCGUGCGUGUGUGUGUGUGUGUGUGUGUGUGCGUGCGCGCACGACCAAGGUCUGUACCAGGAAGG